AUGGCUCUCCUCCAAAACGAAGACUUUCUCAUCUGGCAAUUGCGUACUUCGUACUUGACGAACAUUAAAGAUGGUAUUGGUGAACGCUUGAUCAAUGUGGAUAACGCCAUCUUAAAUGAUCCUAAUUUUCGGGCUGCUGGCUGGUCCUCAAAUGUGCCGGAAACCAAGCGAACUUAUUCCCCACCAAUUCCCACUGCUAUCGCCUCUGACUAUUUCAACGCGCCAAGAUCGGCAGGACUGCCCCCUCCUGGCUUCAACGAUGAGGAAGAUGAGGGGGGCAUGGUGACUGGACGGGGGAGCGCGGAUACUGUAGGCCCGAGACCUAAUGUGAGGCGGCGUAAACGCCGAGAACAACACGAUGAAGAUGACAGCAGCGACCUUAGCGACGACAGCGAGGAUGAUAUCGAGAGCUCGCGAAGAGCUGCUCAGCAAAUCAAAUUUGCCAAGAUGCCCCUUCGAAAUCGAUCAGGCUCGUCACCUAUCCGGAGCUCCUACAGGGACGGUGUCGAAGUCAAUAUCAUCUCGCCGUCAAGGCGAUCGCAUGAGGGAAGGCUUCGUAGUGGAUCUCUGACAGGAGUCGAAGCGGUCAAGCAACGCGCUAGAAGAGACACGACGACGAGUAGCGAUUUCUCUUCCGAAAACGAAGUUGACCAGUCUUUCUUCAAGCGUAGACAGGUCAACACUUCCCGAGCAGCCAAAGCGGGAGAGCUACUUUCGCAAAAGCAUGAAGAGGACGAACGCCAGCAGCAGAUGCUCAAUCUCACAGGUACCAUCCACGAGGGUUCUGAAGCCGAAGAUAGAUCAGAUAUCUCGUCCGAAUUUGGUGGUACUGCUGACUCCGAGUCUUUGCUUGACGACAUAGCUGCUGGAUCUCUGGACAUGCCACCUCCUUUGAACUUUGGUCGUUCAGACUCGCCCUCUCCAAAAAAGCCCAAGACUCUAGCAACGUCUACUCUACAAGAUCUUGGCCGUACAAGGCCUAUUAGCACAAUACUUCCCGUAAGCUUACUUGGUCAAGCCCUGAAUGCUAGGAAAGCAAAGCCCAAAAAUCCAGUUGAGCCCUUCGCAAGGCUAUCUGGCAAAGGUGUCCCGGAUCCGCUAUACAUUAGGAUUUAUGCGCCCUUCUCUGAGACUUCAACCAAACCAAUAGAUAUGCCGUUGCUGAAGCACGUGCAGGACAACGAGUCGGGGGAGACACCUCAGACCAGUGUGGCGGACGCCAUUGGAUUGGCACUUUGGAGAUACAGAGAGGCGGAUCUCAAACCAUUAAUUGAUGAGUCGAAGCUGAAUGUCAAUCGCUGGACGUUGAGGAUGAUUGAGGAUGGCGAGGUCGACUUCGACUUUCCCGCUCUUGCACGGACCAGACCAAUUACGGAUUUCACAUCAAACAACAACCGUGGCUUAAGAGGUCGAUCGCGAGAGAAGCCAUAUGAUGAGUUCGCACUGGUCGAAGCAAACGAUGCGCAGUAUCAGGAAAACAAGACUCUGACUCCCAAGUAUGAGCAAUAUGCAACUCCUUCUAGUGACAGCCAGGAGCAGUCGGAACAAGUAUCACCGCCUAGCCAGACAUCCGUUGAAAGACCACAAAUAAACUCUCCGACAACAGCACCGCGCAAACCUCCCACUAUACCUGCAGACAAAUCAAAUCUACCCACAGUACACUCGACUCCCAGAAUGGGGGCGCAGAAACAGCUGAAAGUCCACUUUACUUCUCUCGAAGCCGUGUCCCAGGUCACCACGAUGGAAAUCACUACAGACACAUAUCUAGCCGAGAUACUAGACUCAGUUUGCAAGCGAUGGAACCUCGACAAGGCCUACCACAUCCUAAAAAUCUAUAACACAAACACAAUCGCUCCUGUUGACCGCACUGUCGAAGCCCUCGGCUCGCGCUUUGAGCUGGACCUCGUCCGCCGGCGCUUUGCCAACGAUGGCGCCAUCGGCAUCUCAGGUUCUCCAGGCAGCUCCUCACCAAACGCCCCUCUCCUCACUCCGUCCUCCGACUCUCCGAAGCGGGGCGCCGCAAAACGCACGCCCUUGAUUCAUCCUCUCGCCCAAGCUCGCACAAACGAUCUCUUCUCCCCAAAUCUCACCAACAGUUCCACCAUGACAAAAUAUCGGCGCUACACCGUCACCCGCAAGCAACCCAUGUCCUUCGCGCCAUCUCAACAACGUAUCCUGCUUAUGGACGAAGACUUCAUGCACAUCCUUACGCCUGACUCUGCACCUAAGGGCACGCUUUUCGAUGGUGCCACUAACAGCAAAGCGACGCGACAAGUGCCCUUUAGUAUGAUUGUGGGAUGUAAAGUCAGUAGAAGGCAUCCGAAGAGCUUGAGGGUCGUGGUUGCAAGAGAAGGCGGGCAGGAGCAGAAGAGGUAUGAUUUCGAGGCUGGGAAUGUAGAGGAGGCGGCGGAGAUUGUAGAGGACAUCAGGCGUGGCAUGGAGAUUUAUGGGGGCAAAGCGGCGGGUUGA